CUCUCUCCCCAGCCGCAUCUCUCUCCCCGGCGAAGAUGGAGCAAUCGUUGCCCUAUGACAAUCGAAUUGAUUCUGAAUCGUCAGACCAAGUUGUGAAUCCAUGGGAAGUGUCAGCCAAAGACGGAGGGAAGAUCGAUUACGAUAAGCUUAUUGACAAAUUUGGCUGCAAAAGGCUCGACGAGUCACUGAUCGAUCGUGUUGAAAGACUGACUGGUCGUCAGCCACACAAAUUCCUUCGCCGUGGUGUUUUCUUCGCCCACCGGGAUUUCAAUGAAAUUUUGGAUGCUUAUGAGAGCGGAGAAAGGUUCUAUCUCUACACCGGAAGAGGACCUUCAUCAGAAGCUUUGCAUUUGGGUCAUUUAAUUCCUUUCAUGUUUACCAAAUACUUGCAAGAAGCUUUCAAGGUUCCCCUUGUUAUACAGCUCACGGAUGAUGAAAAAUUCAUGUGGAAGAACUUAACGGUGGAGGAAAGUGAAAGACUUGCCAGGGAAAAUGCCAGAGAUAUAAUUGCUUGUGGAUUCGAUGUAACAAAGACCUUCAUUUUCUCCGACUUUGACCAUGUUGGCGGCGCUUUCUAUAAAAAUAUGGUCAAGGUCUCCAAGUGUGUUACACUAAAUAAGGCUAAGGGAAUCUUUGGCUUUUCCGGUGAAGAUCAUAUCGGGAAACUCAGUUUCCCUGCUGUGCAGGCAGCUCCAUCUUUUCCUAGCUCAUUUCCACAUCUGUUCCCUGGAAUGGACAAGCUCCGUUGCUUGAUUCCUUGUGCAAUUGACCAGGAUCCGUAUUUUAGAAUGACUCGUGAUGUUGCACCUCGGUUAGGCUAUAGCAAGCCUGCUCUAAUUGAGUCAUCAUUUUUUCCUGCUCUGCAGGCAAGUGGAGAGAACGGGAAAAUGUCUGCUAGUGAUCCAAAUUCCGCUAUCUAUGUGACUGAUACCGCAAAGGACAUUAAAAACAAGAUAAACAAAGCGAAAAGUGGUGGGCACCAGUUCUCGGUGGAUCAACAUGAACUCGGAGCAGAUCUCGAGAAAGACAUACCGUUCAAGUAUUUGAGUGUCUUCCUCGAAGAUGAUUCUGAACUUGAACUCAUUAGAAAGCAAUAUGGAGAAAAAGAAGGAAUCAUGCAAACAGGACACGUAAAGAAGCGAGUCACCGAAGUCUUGACAGAAAUAGUGGAGAGACACCGCAGGGCACGAGCUGCAGUUACCGAUGAGAUGGUGGAAGCAUUCAUGGCCGUGAGACCUCUCCCAAGCAUGUUCGAGUAGGACUCAUAAACCAGAAGAAACCUUCUGGCAGCUCUUCGCAACUUCACAUCACAUCCUUGGGUCUAUCAUUGUUUCACAAAUUGGGUUUUGUUUCUUCAGAGAAUCCUAGCAAGUUAGGAUGAUUUUAGGGAUUUGAUUUGAGUCGAUUCUCACAGUUCUUAGUGGGAGAUUUGCAGUUUGUGUGCUUGUUACUGCAAGGGAAUCCAUCAAAGGUACUAGCACCAAGAUCACUACA